UGUGUUUGUCGGUCAGUCGGUGAUGAAUUGUUGCUGAGAAAUUUUCUAUUUUUUUGUUAAAAAGUAAAAACCAAAAGUCUGAGUGUUCACGGGAAAUAUUUUUUUUAUAUGCAAAAUUGGAGUAAAAUUAUUUUUGUAGUAUUGAAUGUAUUUAUGAUUCCUUUAUUAUUACCUCUCGUGAAAAAUUUUUAUGUAGUAUUCUUAUCAGUAAUCAUCACCAUUCAUAGGAUUUUAGAUAUUCUGGAUUAAUCAAAAUUUAAGGUAUUUAUAUAUAUAUAUAUAUAUAUAUAUUUAUAUUAUUUAUUCUGGUAUUGGUUUUUUUACUUAUGAAUAAUAGUGCAAUAAAAUAUUUUUCAAUUAUGAAUAUUUUUUUUUUGUAAACAUUCUACCUAGUGAUGUGUAGCAUAAUAUUAAUGAUUUUGUCCAGGGUUUUGCUUAAAUUGUAAUUUACCAAUUUAUUAAAUACCACCUUAUAUUUAUUUACUUAUUAGCAUUAGAACUUUUAAGUGUCAAAAGCUACUUAUCUAUUUGAAAUUGAUUAUACUUUUUUGAAUACUUAUAAUCAAAACUUGAUGAAUGGCUCAUUGCUGAUAAAGCACAAUAAAUUAUUCAGCAUGUUUGCAUGUUACUAUUAAGUUUUUCAUAAAGCCUAUAAGUAAUGAUUUCAGUAAACUGUAAAUCAUUGUUUAAAUGUAUUCAUUAAUAUGGUUGGGUUUUAAGUAUUGUUUUAAAUUGACCUAAAUAAAGUUAAUUAAACCUGGAAGUUGUGUUGUAAUUUAAAAUAAUAAUAAAAAAAAAAAAAUUAAAAUGCAUUGUUAUCUGUGGUUUGAUUAAUAAUUAAAUUUUUUUUAAACAAUACAUUUUGAAAAAUUUAUUUUAUUGGCUGCAUUAAAAUUAUGUGUUGGGUUUUUUUAUAUGUCUGACUUGUGCUCAUGAAUGGGAGCAAUUGGUCAAGUUGUGUAAAACAAUUAGUGAACAAAAAAUUAUUGUUAUUGUAUUUUUAUUUGUUUGUUGUGAUAGUAAGUGUUAUAGUAAAUAAUUGGUAACUAAGAACAAUAUUUUAGGAUUUUUAUCUAGACUGACCUGAUUUGAAACUAAAAAUAAUAUAUCUUGAGUUAAUUCAGAAAUUGGCAUAUAAGUACCUACAAAUUUAUUAAGUUUUGAGGUAUAAAAAAAACUAGCAAUUAAAAAUCAUUCUUCAAUAUAAUAUCCAAUAUAUUAUAUCUGUCUAAUGAAAACAAAAUUACAUUACCCGGCUAAUAUUAGUUUAACUUAGUUUCUCUAUUACUUUUUUACGCUAUUAGAAUAUAAAUACUAAUUUCAAAUAAUACAUUUAUUUUAAAUUUUACAUAAAUGACAGUCCUAACUGUGCAUAAGUGGAAAGGAAAAAAUAUAAUCUUUAAAUAUUUUCAAGGACGCAACUCGGACUUCUCAUGAUAAAAUUGAAAAUAUAAUUUUGAUAAAAUAUGAUUUUUGUGCAUUGUUCAAAUACCCCGAUUAAUUAAGUAGGUAGACCUUAGUUAAGUUUUAAAUUAACUGUAUUUUAAAAUCUGAAAAUAGUUUCAGUGAAUAGAGUUCUUAAAGUGUUCAUUGACACCAUUUAUAUUUAUUUACAAUUAAUUUUUCAGAGUACAGUUAAAUAAACAUUCAUUUAUCAUACUUUCAUAUAGAUAGAUAUAUACUGUGUGUUCCCACUAAAAAAUUCACUAACCUUCCAGUAGGGUUUGUCAUAAGUUAUAAAAAUAUUGUACCAAACAUCCUUAAUAAAAUCUUGGUUUAACAACCUUAAACUACUCAGGUCCACUAUUAUACGUUUUAAUCGCUUAUUUACAGGUCCCACAUUAUUUCCUGCUCACAACUUUAAAUUAGGGCUGAAUGAUUUUUCACUAUAUACUGCAUCUCACCGAAAGUGCUUGCGAUCUCUCAUACUUUAUUUGAAAGUUCUUCCUUGUAUACAAAGCAAAUUUCUUUUUUUUAUUUUUUUUAAACCCCUCAUCUCCACUCUCUUCUUAAUAUCAACUCCCAACAUGUUAUUAAUAUUAUUUUUUCUUUUAUCUUGGAGGCUGGUUUUACAAUAUUUAUAAAUUGUACUUGUAUUAUUUAAGUAUUAUAUGUGUUAAUUGUUAAUCUAUCAUAUUUUUUUACCAAACCUUUUAACAGCUAAUAAAUAAAUUAAAAACUAAUAUUAAAUUAAAGUAAACUUCAUAUUUAAUAUCUAGAAUAUUCCUAUGUUAUGUAUAAUAUAUACUAUGUUAGUUCACAAUAUUUGUAACUCACAAGUGGGUAUUUUAUUGUUAUUUUUUUUUAAACAAAAAACAAUAAGACAUGAAAUCAAAAAACAAAAAAAACAAUUUUAAAACGUUAUAAUUAAAAUAAUAUUUCAAUAUUGCACUUAUUUUAAAUGAAAAAAAAAAAAAAAAUUGAAAUGGAUUUGUGAUAUAUUUUUUUAUGUAUCUGUAAUACAAUUUCCAAUUUUUAAUUUAACAAUCUAAAAAAUGAGUUGUAUUCAUAAAUAAUAAAUAUGUUUUUUUAAAUUUAAUUACCAAAAUAUAAUUAAAAUAUUGGCCUGGAAUUUUAAUAAACAUUUUUGUUUAAAAUGUGCAAGAUUCACAUUAAAAAUUAAUUCAUUUUAAAUAUUCAUAUUCAAGUUUGACUGUGAGUAUAUCUACACAAGUAUUUUUAAAACAUUUUUUUUUUUUAAAUGUUCAAAAUGCAAUGCAAACAUGUUCAUAGAUAAAAAUAUAAAAGGCUCACCAAAUAUUUGAUUAACCUACAAAUUUUAGGUAAUGUUUAAUUAACAUAAAAUAAAACAAGGGUUAUGGAAUGUGAAUGUUAUUGAAGUGAUCAAAAAUUAAUGUUAAUUCUUACAGUAGGACAUGUCUAACUGUUUUUUUUUUUUUAUGAAUAAGCCAGUUAUUUCUAAGAUUAAUGUCCCUAGGUAUUAAAAAAUCAUAAAAAAACUAAUUCAUUAUAUUAAUAUAUAACUGAAAAAUUAUGAAUCAUUUUCAAAAAUAAUAUAAUGAUAAAAAUAAAAUGAGGUUUUUAUAUUCAGUAAAGUGAUGGGAGGAGCCUUGUUCUGACUUUGUAUUGAUCCUUUCUGUUGUGUGUGUAUGCCAAUGUGUACAGUAGUCACACCCUAGCCAUACUCCCACGCAAUAUUUUCCCUCAUUCAUUUAUUGUAUUUAUGUGACUAUAUAUAUUUAAAAAAAAAAAAAAAUGUAGAAGUGUCUUAAAUUUUGGGAGUUAUUUACAAAUCCAUGUAAAAUAAUGAAUUACUGCAUUUUUAAAAUUGUAUAUAUUUAUUUUUAUUUAAUUAUUUAAGUGCUAAAACAUUUCUUGAAUUAACCUUAUUAAUCUUUAUUUUGAGCGAUAUAAGAAAUGUAUUGUUUUUAUUAUAAUGCAUGCUUUUUUUUUCUGCCAGUGGACAUUUUUCAAUCAAAAAUUGUAUAGGUUCUAUUUUAUAUAAUUUUGAAUCAAUUAGUGCAUUAAGGAAGUUAUUUUUUGAAAAAUCCUUAUAGUUUUCUUAACAAUGAGGAAAAGCUUUAGAUAAACGAGAAUAUUUAGGUAACUCCAGUUUAAGUCAUAAUUGAUUAUGUAUUUUUUGUUUUUAUUCAGUAAGUAAUGAUUGUAGACCUGUAAUAUUUGUCAUAACUUUUUAAGUAUUUUCAAUCUUUUUCUAGAAGUGAUAUAAAUUUAAAAAUAUUUUGGCUCUUUUUGAGUUAUUUUAUUUUUAAUUUUUCGAGUUUUUUCUUUUGUCGUGUAUUAACUAUAAAACUGAAAAAUAUGACACAAGUUCAUUUUAAGUAAUCUAUUCUAAAAAUAUAGAUUUAAGGGUAAUAUCACAUAUUUUUCUUAGUGUUUGAAAUUCAAAUGUGUAUUAAGCUCAUAUAAAUCAAAAACAAAUAGUAAAUUGCAGUGGAACCUCUCUAUUUCGAACACCAGUAUCUCAAAGUUUCUGUAUGUCAAAGUUUUCUUCAGUCCUGAUCAUUCAGUAUUAGAUGUAAUUUCCCCGGUAACUUGAAGUUUCGAUAUAUGUCGUUUUUGUUUUUUGUUCCUUUAGACUUUGAGAUACCAAUGUUCUGCUGUAUCGACUUGCCUUGGAGUUGCUCUUUGUUCACAGUGAUUUAUCAUUGCAUUCAGUAUUCAAACAAAAUUAUCUCAAAUUUAUUACCUAACAUGCUCACAGUACAAAGUAUGUUAGAUUAUUCAUCAAAUUAAAAAAUUAAUUUUCUUAUAGUUAUGUUGAUAUCAUUAUCUACAAAUUUACCAGUCAUAUUUUUUUUUCUAUCUAAUAUUGAUGGAAAUACAAAUUCCAUUGAUAACUCGACAGGUUUUUGUUUUGAUUCAUUGAAUGCUUCAUCAAUACCUUGCUUAAAUUUCUCAGUGUAUUAAAUCGAACAUUUAGGUGUUUAGUUACUUUUUCUAUGGAAAUGUUAUGUUUUAGUAAAAUGACUAAAACUUUAUAAAUAUAAACUCUAUAAAUUUCCAUUAAUAUUUUAUUUCAUAAUAACGUUAACAUACAUGCAAAAUUAAAAUUGUUUUUCCCUUUUAACAACUAUUUAAUUCAACACUUGCUAUUUCCCACAAAUAACUAUGUUUGAGUGCCUACAUUACAAAUAUGAAUUUAAGCUUAGGCUAUCUGAAAAUAUAAUGAUUUAACAGUGUAUUGCUUUGCAGACCAUCUAGUCAUACUGUAAUCUUUUAUUGAACAUUUAAGACGUUCUUUAUAUCUGAGUAGAGCUAGAGUAAAAAUUGAACAAUUUUUUAAUUAUGUCAAAGAAUACUUCUAAUGCUGGUAAACUUUUUACAGCAAUAAACUUACUAAACUGUACAAUUAUAGAAUAAAUUUAGCUUAGUUUAUUACAUUGCUAGUUUGAAAUCCUUCCAUUUUCUAACCAUAUUAACUCCAUUGUCAUAUGACUGACAGUGAUAGUGGGAUAAAUCAAUAUUGUCUUUAAAUAAACUUCUCAAAAUAUCAUCUGUUAUAUUUUGUAUAAGACCAAGAAAACUUUCCAUGAUUUUACAUCCAUUUUCAUUUACAACAAUUCAACAAAUAACUUGAGAUUUUAGUCUUCAUGUGAGAUAUCUGGUGUACCGGGUGAUCCAUUUAAGUGGGUACACUGAUGAUUUCAGAAAGUUGUUAACUUUUUUCAGAAUUUGUUUUCUAGAACAUUUAAGAAACAAACAGCUCUACAAUUUUAAAUUUAUGUUAUUUUGUAUCACCCUUAUUUACUUACUCACUACCUACUUUUGAUUUUUAAAUGGCAACCUGUAUUAAAAAGUCCAUAAAAAGAUGGAGUAGUAGUUAAAAUAAAUUUUAUUACUGAAAGUUUUGAAAAAUUUGAACACAAACAUUUAUUUUAACUAAUACCCCACCUAUUUAUGGAAUUUUUAAUAUAGUUGCCAUUUGAAAAUUAAAAUUAGGUAGUAAUUUUACACCCAAAAAAUAACAUAAAUAUAAAAUUAUAAAGCAGCUGGUUUCUUAAAUGUUCUAGAAAACAAAUUACUGAAAAAAUAAAUACUUUCAGAGAUAACGACAGUAUCCAUUUAAUAAAUGGAUCAAUUUUUACAUAGAAUAAUAAUAUGUAGCAAUUAUAUUAGUUACAAUUGCAGCUAUUAGGAAUUGUAUUAAUAUAUCAAAUAUUGCCAUUUUUAUGAUGUUCAAGAUGAUCAAAAAAAGUUCAUCAAUUUUACAAAAAACACUUCUCUAUUGGUAGAUACAUAAUUAUGUGCAUUAUUCUUUUAAAACUUAUAUCCAAAGAUUUUCUUCAAAUUGUAUUGCAUUUUAUAACUCUUUGUCAAUUCUACCUUUACUAUCACACCAUUACAUUCAUUUUAACAGUGAAGUAAACGAUGAACAUUGAUAAUACUUUAAUACCGAUGUUAUAUAAUAAAUAUUACUGUUAAUCAACAAAAAUUCAUAUUAGAUAGUUGCUUUUUAAUCAAUUUCUUAUGGCCGGUCUAAUAUCGGUUUAUUUAAAUUGUAAAGUGUCGUGGUCUUGUUUUGGAAAUUUUUAACAAUAAAUGUAUUAAUAAUCGGACUAUGAUACAUUUAUUUUGAAAACGAAUAAAAAUUUAGUAAUUACCCGUUGAAUUUUUAAUUGGUUGGUAAUUUAUUUAUUUCAUAUCAUUAGAAAUGUAUGCCCUCUAAUAAUAAAACCCAGGACGCGAUCCUCGGAUUGCUGCUUCCCCUUAUAUAUUUUGAUUAGUACUGGGUGAUGGUUAAUUCACACUGUAGAGUAAUAGAGUAUUACUCUAUGAUUUACACUGGUACGUUAGCCACACUAUUUUAUACCCAUAUUAGUUUUUUAAUUGGUAUUAGUUUAAUUACAUUUUUUUUUUUUUUUAUCAAAAAAACAAAAAGACUUGUAUUUUAAAGAUGGAAUUUUUGCACUGUAACUUUUAAAACACGUUUUAUAUGGAUUUACAUUUAAAAUAAAAUAAAAAUUGAUUGAGAACAUGUAACUUUGUAUACAAUUUAGUUAGCCCAAGAAGAAAAUAUUUUCGAAUGUCAAAGUAGGUAACUACUUAUAAAAAUAUAUAUGUUUCAAUUUAAUUAAACCGACAAAAAUUCUCUGUUCUGAUAUUCUGUUUGGUUGUGUAGUGCUACAUGAAGCUGAUAAGAUGAGUAUGUAUUACUGUAUCUAGUUUUAUAUUGAUAAAAUAUUUUUUCGUGUUGUAUGAUACCACCAUACCAGUGUGAAUUUGAUUUUGGUAAAAGGUGGGUAAAAGGAAUUGUUAAAGUAGGUGUCUAAUUUAUACUUGUUAGUGGAUAGAGGGUUACCAUAGACAUUUAAUUUGGAAUAGUGUCAAUGCGGGAUGUUGGUUAUUUGUGAUAAGGGUGGGGUGAACAAUAUUAAAAUAAUGAAAUAAAAACAAAAAAAAAAACAUUUAUUAUUAGAAGGACACGAGAAAAAACUAUUUUAGUUUUGUAUAUUUUCUUUUAAUGGGAAUAGGCAAAGUUAUUUGGAAUAAUAGCUAAUAUAUUGAUAUACCGAGAAAAAAUUAGUAUUGAACCAACUUUGUGCUGCCUGCUAUGUAAAAUAUAUAUUUUUUUUAAAAUAAUUAAAAUAAUUUUAUAUCAAUAUUCUUAAAUCUAACAUUAAGAAAAACAUAAAAUAUAAUGGAAUACCACAACCACACUACCAUUUAUCUCAGUGUAACUAAUGGGCAACAUAUCAAGAUUCCAUUACUUCGCAUGUAAAUUGUGGAGUUUUAGUUGUAGUUAAAACACAACAAAUAACAAAAUUUAAAAAUGAAAAUAUUUUCGAAAGCUAUACAUUAAUUUUAGUUAAAAAUUUGUACUAAGAAAAUUUACAGCUAUGUUGGGUUUUAUUAUUUUUAAAUAGCUGCAAGUUUUUAACGCCUUUGUCUUCCUGGUUUUAUUGUUGCUUAUAUAUUGUAUUUAUGUUUUUUUUUUUUUCAUAUAAAAUAUAAGUGUUCAUUUAAUAAAGGAUUACAUUUUUGAUAUUUUUUGGUUGGUUAUUGUCAAUUAAAUAAAAAAAAAAUUAAAAAUAGUCACUUUUUAUGUUAAUUUUUGAGAUGUAAGCCUGAAUUAUUUGAUAAACAAUUGACUCAACAUGUUCUAGACCUAUACUUAGCUUACAAAUUUACGAAAUUUUAAAAUCUAUCUCGUUUUUUAGUUAAUAGGUACUUUAGUACUUUUAAUUUACUAUUUUAUAAUAUAAAUAUUUUUGAAAAAUUACAUUCUAAAGUAAAGCACUUUUUAGUAAUCAAAUUCGCUAAUUGAUUAUUAUUAUUAUGUUUUAUUGGCUGUACACUUAUUUCUCUCUGAACUUUAAAAUAUUAUUAAAUAUCACAAAUUUAAUGAAAAUAAAAAGUUGAUACAUCAAAAUUGUCAGAAUAAAACUCUAUAAAAUAGCUAUUUUUAAAUUUUUCAAAAUAUAAAAUAAAAGUAAUUUUUUUAAGUUUAUUACCAAAAUAUAAAAAUUAGUUGAAGUAUAAAUAUUUGUGGUACUUAUUCUUGUUCUUAUACUUAUUCUUAAAAAAAAAAAAAUAGAAUUUGAUUAUGUUAAUUAUUUCCAGAGAUAGUGCAAUUGGUAUAUAUUUGUGGGACACCUGUAUAUAUACAUAAUACAAUAACUAGUAUAUAAAUAUUAUUGGAUUUUAAUAUUAGUUUAAAAGUUUGUUAUUUAUUUAAGUAAAGCUAUAGGUAUAUAUUAACCAAUUUAUUUAAUUUUAAUUUGUAGUAUUCAUUAGUUAGUAGAUUAGUUCUGCUUAUAAAUGGUAAUAUUACAUACAAACUAAUUAAUUGGUUUAUUAUCAUUUAUAAUAUUAUUAAAGCUAUUUGACCAAAAACAAUUUUUCAUUAAUUUAAUUAAUAAUUUGUUUUGAUUUCAGGUUUUAAACUUAGUCAGUUACCUAAUUAAGUGGUCAACUUUUAAAGUUAUUACAAGUAAUACUGUUAGUUACAUAUUUUAUAUUUCUGAUCAUUUUGGCGUCCCAGAAUAAAACAUCGGUCGUAUGCCUCAUAUUAAUCCUAGGAUGACAUCUAGAGUGUCCUCCUCCAUUUUUUUCACAGUGGAGGUGGGCGAUACCAAGUUCACUAUUUUAAAAAGAUAUCAGAAUUUAAAGCCUAUCGGAUCUGGUGCACAAGGCAUUGUUUGGUAAGCAUAUUCUACUGAAUCUAUGCAUUUAUUUUGUGUUCAAAUAGGUAAGCAUGUUUAUAUUUAUUUGUAGUUCAUUUUAUAAGUAAAAUUGAUUACAGGAUAAUCUAAGGAACGUUCUUUUAUAUUAAAUUGUAUAUCUUAUACUGACAUAUACUAAUCAUAUAUAAUAGACCAAAACUAUAAUUACCUAUACUUAAAAUUAAAAUUUAUAAAAUAUUGAAUCUAAAAUUAUCAAUUGUAGAAGAUUAAGAUAUAUAAUAUAAGAUAAUAAUAAUAUAUAUAUUCACUUUCAAUGUUUUAAAUAUAUUACCUAUACAUUGUUUAAUAACAUUAAAAAAAACAAUGAAUUCUAAAAUAUAGAAUUAUACAAUAUAUAAUAGUAUAAAUAAUUUUAUAAAACAAUCAUAAAUUUAAAUAAAAACUACUUGGAAAAUCAAAAAAUGAAUUACUCACUCAUUAACUAGAUAAAAAUAUUACAAAAAAGUUGUCUUGGUUCUCUCUCUCUUGAUUGGAUCGUUUUCUGUUUGAAAAAUUAUUAACAGGCAGAAAAUACAAAUACAUAUAGUAAAACCAAUAGAUUCCCUACUCUGUUCUGAGUAAAAGAUUACCUGAAUAUUCAAGUGCCCUACCAUAUUCUACUUAUUUUUAUCUUUGUUAAUAUUUAAUUUUUUUAAAAAAAAAAAAAAAGAGCGAUAUUGGAGAUGGGAGCGGCUACUGUUGUAGGUAAGAAGUUGGGCAAAUAAAAUACAUAAGGUUUUUUUAUUUAUAUUUGUAAGGAACUAUAAACCAUUGCUUGAUGAAAAACGAUUCGAGCGUAGUUCGCAAAUUUUUUUUGUGAAUUUGUUUAAAUUUGAUUUCAAAACGCUUAUUAAAAAAAAUUUGUCUGAUGAUUUUGGAACUUCAACCACAUCUAUAUAAGUCCAAUAUAAGUAUCAUUAUCUAUUUUCAAAUCUCUAUGUGUAUUUAUAACACAAUUACAGCAAAAGCUUCCAAAAAUUAAAAUUCCUUAAAAGCUCAACAAUUUUAUCGAUGAUAUCUUAAGAAAGUAAAUCAAAAAGACAUUAAAAAAGGUAUCUUGUGAUUUUUUCGAUUAAAUCAUUUGUUUUUAUAAAAUAAUAAAAUCGUGAAAUUGUACGUUUUCCUACGUUUUUUCUCACUUAAGUGCUUUUAUUUAAAAACUAGUGUUGAAAAUCAAAAAACGACCUUUCUAAAGUAGAAUUGAGACAACUUGAGUUUUCAUAAAAGUUGCUACUUGUAAAAAUUGGAGCUAUAAGAUAGUGAUUCCCUAUCUUGUAAUGUGAUAGUUUUUGAAUAUCAAUCUUUCACACUCCUUCUCUAGAAAGUAAAACAACUUUUUCUAUGACACUAUUCAUCGUAUUAUUUGUAUGUAUCUUAGAUUAAAAUUUUGAAAAUAAUAUUUUUUAUAAAUCUGAUACUUUGAUAAUAAACAUUUAAUUUGUCUCUAAGUACAUGUAUUCCUUAAAGAAAAUCCGAUUUGAAAUUAAAAAAAAAUUGUUUUUUUAAAUUUAAUGUUAACAGAUAUACACAUUUGUAGAACAUGAUGGGAUAUUCAUUAAAAAAAGAACUAAAUCAAACAAUAUAGCAAUUAUUAACCUAUACUAAAUAAAAUUAAUUAGAUUAACAAUAUACAUUUUUUAAAAUUUAUUUGGUCUAUUAUGAAACAAGACAUUAACUAGAGAAAGUUUUGAACAGACUGAAUAUGCAUUUAUGUCAUUCUUUUUUAUUAUUAUUUUUAAAUUUAUUUAGUUAAAAAAUACUUUUAGUUCUUGAAAUAACAUUGUAUUAUGUAAUUAUUUUUGCUCAUUAAAAAUGGUAAAACUUAUAUGAAGAAUAAAAAUCAAUAAUGGACCAAUUGCUAAAAAGUUGGUUUUAAAUUAUUCCUGCUAUAACCUCAGGCUCCGGCACAUAGCUCUCGCCUCAUUUUAUCAGGCCUUAUCUCACUACUAUUAAGAUCGUGGCACAUAGCAAUAUGUAUAGGUUGUUGAUGAUGGCACAUAGUUUAAUUUUUAAAACCUAACUCAAUAUUAUAUUUAUUUUUUUGGCUCAGCCCGUUAAUGAUUUCUAGUCUUCAUAUUUUAUUAGUAAUAUUAGAUUUAUUAAUCAUUUAAAUCUUGUUAUUUUAGUUAUUAAAUACAAAUUAUAUUGAACAAUUUUACACGUCCUUACAAAAUAUUAGUAUUAAAUUAUAAUGCCACUUAGCCAUAAACUUUCACAGUUUCAUAUAGUAAAAGGAACUCUCGUCAUAUGCUAUCUAUAACCAAAAAUGUAUUUACCACAGUUGAAAUCUACUCCAUCCUGUUCUGAGUUUUUUUUUACAUCUAAAAACGACUUAAUUCUUAUUAUUGUGAAAACAAAAUUUUGCAAAAAAUAAAAAAAAAAAAUCCCUAAAUGAGUAGCUUUAAUGUUCUGUAUCUGCAUACUGUAUAACACAAUAUAUACAUGUAUAUAGGUAUUUUAAAGACUAAACACAUCUGGUGUAAAGUAAAAAAAACUAGUUUAUCCCGAAAUUAAAUAUAUAUAACUAUACUUCUGAUAUAGACAUAUAUGCACACUGUCAACAUCCGACUCACAUUUAUCGCCUGAGACGUAGAUAACAUAAAAUGCAAUCAGCGUUCUUGUAGAUGACAUAUGAUGCGAGUUUCUUGUAAAAUAGUUGUAAAACAUUGGUUUUUUCAUAUAUUUAUCUGAAAUAUUACAUACAUUUUAAACUGUAUAUAAAUAUGAUUAAAAGCACAAAUUGUGCUGUAGUUAGUUCUUAGUAUUUGUUAAAAAUUAUAAUUUUUGCCAUUUUUCAUAAAGCACGAUCGCAUGAACAUAUAUUGUUAUAAGUAUGUGUUAAAGUUACAUUUUUUGUUUCUGUAGUUGCACUAUUUUUGUUUUUUUAUUUUUGUGUUUCGUAAAGUUGAUUUUGAGUUUAUCCACAAAAUGCUUGGAACACAAUCAAGGUUUGUCCAAAGACCUCAAAAUACACCAGACACCAUGACUAAAGUAGCUGAUAUGUUCUAUACUUUGGUAUUUGGUGAUACUGAAUUUUCAGUUCCCAGACGAUAUGUUGAUCUUGUACCAAAAGGUUUAGGUGCUCAGGGCAUGGUGGUGUAAGUACUAAAAUAUUUUUUAUAGUACUAGGUAAAACAAAUUUUUAAUUUCUUUUAGUGCGGCCAUGGAUACUAUAACACAACAAAGUGUUGCUAUUAAAAAGCUUUCCAGGCCAUUUCAAAAUGUUACACAUGCAAAACGAGCAUAUAGAGAGUUCAAACUUAUGAAACUAGUUAAUCAUAAAAAUGUAAGCAUUAUAAAUUACAAUUAACUAAUAUCCAAGUAUUUAAUUAAUAUAUAUAAUUUGUUUUACUAUUUUGUGUAAAUAAAUAUUAAUUUGUUUCCAAUUAUUAGAUAAUUGGUUUACUAAACGCAUUUACUCCACAAAGGACAUUAGAUGAUUUUCAAGAUGUAUAUUUGGUAAUGGAACUAAUGGAUGCUAAUCUAUGUCAGGUGAUUCAAAUGGAUCUUGAUCAUGAACGAAUGUCUUAUCUUUUAUAUCAAAUGUUAUGUGGUAUUAAGCAUUUACAUUCAGCAGGAAUUAUUCAUAGGGUUUGUAUUAUAAAUAUUUAAUUAUAUUUUAAGUUAAUUACUUACAUUUUAGUAUAACACAUGAUAUUUUAGGACCUGAAACCUAGUAAUAUUGUUGUAAAGUCUGACUGCACAUUAAAGAUUUUGGAUUUUGGAUUAGCUAGAACAGCUGGAACUACAUUUAUGAUGACACCGUAUGUUGUUACUAGAUACUAUCGUGCUCCUGAAGUAAUAUUGUAUUAUAAUUUAUCAUAAAUAAAGUUACCUAAUAAAAUUAUAUUUAUUUUUAGGUAAUUCUAGGCAUGGGUUAUAAAGAAAAUGUAGAUAUUUGGUCAGUUGGCUGUAUUAUGGGUGAAAUGAUUAGAGGAGGUGUACUUUUUCCUGGAACAGACCAUAUAGAUCAAUGGAAUAAAAUUAUAGGUUAGUUAAAAUAUUUUUUAAAUGAUAACGAAUUUAGACCUAUAGAUAAUAUUUAUUAUUAAAAUAACAAUUAUUACUAUAGAACAAUUGGGUACGCCAUCACAAGAAUUUAUGAGACGCUUGCAACCGACUGUAAGAAAUUAUGUCGAAAAUAGACCUCGUUAUCCAGGUUAUUCAUUUGAUCGUUUAUUCCCUGAUGUACUGUUUCCAUCAGAUUCUUCUGAACAUAAUAAACUAAAAGGUAUAUAUUUAUUUUUAUAUUAAAAUAUAUUAUAUGUAUUUAAAAGUACACAAACAAAGUAAAAUGAAAUUACUAAAUUAAUAUUAAUUAUUAAUAAAAAAAAGUACUGAAUUUUACAUUUUGACUCUAUUUUUUUAGAAAAUAAUUAAUAUAAUAUGAUAAAUUUGCGUUAUAUGUAAACAUUGUACUUCUACAAGUUGCUCAAAUCUAUAGUUACCUAUACAAUUUAUUAGGGCAUUGUUUAUUUAUGAACGAUAACAAUGAAAUAUUAUUAUUUUUAUUUUUACAAACUGUUCAACAGCAUCUGCGAAUAUCAUCUUGAAAAUGGUUUUUUUUUUUAUUAUUUAAGCAAUUCAUAUGGAUUGGGAGUUUACCUUGAUUCAUUUUGAAUUUUGUUCAUCUAAGUUAUGAAGAUCUUAUUAUUGUAUAUAGUUGAAUAAUGUAUCUAUUAAAUUUAAAUUAGUUGAUAUACAAUUUUCAUUCCUACUACCAAAUAUAAAUUAAGCAUACUUAAUUGUUGGAUUUAAUGCUAUUAAUUUCUAAAGUUUAAAGGGCGGCAAUGAAUAAGUGUUAAUAACUUUUUUUUAUUAUGGACAUUAACAAUUAGUUAUUAUUUUUUAAAAUAUUAAAGGUAUUGCAAUUAAUAUUAAUGACAAAAAUAAAUAAAUAUUUAAUUUGUAUUCUAUAUUAAAUUAACUGAAUUUACAUUAUUACAUUAUAGCAAGUCAAGCACGUGAUCUUUUGUCACGAAUGUUAGUAAUUGAUCCAGAAAAACGUAUAUCUGUUGACGAGGCAUUGCUACAUCCAUAUAUCAAUGUUUGGUACGAUGAAAGUGAAGUAAAUGCACCAGCACCAGGACCAUGGGAUCAUUCAGUUGAUGAACGUGAACAUACUGUUGAUCAAUGGAAAGAGCUGAUUUAUCAAGAAGUUAUGGAGUAUGAUCCAACUACUGCAGCAGCAGCAUCUGCUAAUGAACCGCAACCAAGCCGAUAGACUUCACUGAUACAGUUUACCUCCGUCCAAUGUCUGACAACUGUGUCAUAAGUUUAGUAUUAAUAAAGUUGUAGGCAUAGUCUUCCAUAAUUCGAAGGUAAUUUAAAUUUAUUAAUUCUUUUGAAAAGGACGAAAUUUCUAUAAAAAUGAAAUCAUUAAAUAAUUAUAGUUGUACUUUAUAAGUAAAUUUUUGAGAAAAAACUGUCCAAAUUUUGGAUUUUUUUAAAAAGAAAUUUUCUUAUGAGAAAAAUUAUCGAAAUAAAACCUAACAAAUUAGAAAUUAACGGUUGUGAGUUUUUUUUUCUUUUUUUUUUAAUUAGCAUGUUUAAAUAACAUAUAAGCUCGCUGUAAAUAAAUAUACAUAUUUAUAAGGGCAAUAUAUAAUCUGUAAAUUAAGAUUUAUAAAUAAGUAAAUUAUAAAAUAAUUAUACAUAGUAUGAAUAAUGUAAAAUCUUGACUGUUUCUACCCUUGCAGACUAUUAUAAGUGCAGAAUGUAACUUACUGAUGUGCGAUAUUAUAUUUAUAUUAUUAUUAUUAUUAUUAUUAUUAUUACUUUUUUUUGCCUUAACUUAUGAUUGGUAAAAAUAUUGAUCUCAAUAUAACUAAUUAUUACCCAUUGUUUUACUAAAUCUAUUCUAAGUAUAAUGAUUCUAUACUUAAUAGAACUAAGUACUUAUUACUUAUUCACAGCAUAUAUUUUACUUUUAGUCAAUUGUUUUCCACCAUCUUAUUUAAUUAGUUUAUUUGAGUUGUUCUCAAACUAAAUUUUACAUGUACAUUUACAUACUGUGUAUUUAUAGGUCUGUAAGGGUAGAUAUAAAUUGUUGAGAUGUUAAGCCUUUUUUUUUUUAGAACUUCUAGGCUAAUUAAAUUCUGUAAAACUAUAAAUAUCUUUGUAUAUUAUUGCUCAUAUUAAAUUGAGCUAUGAUAUUUUCUAUGAAUAUCAAAAAUAAUACAUUUAUUUAUAAUGAAAAAAUAUAAAAAUCUCCCCAAAAAAAUAAAUAGAUUAAACAGUGGUUUUUUA